AAAGGAUUUCCUAGAGAUUUUUUUUUUACUUAGAAAGAGAUUUAUUGUAGUUAAUUGAUAUAUUUGUUAAUAAAGAAAAAGGUUAAUGAUCCCGGUAAAUUUAAUAUAUAAGGAGUGUAAUUUGCAAUAGAUAUUAUAAAGUAAAAUUCAUCCAAGACACAAAAACAUGCCACCAAAACCUCGACCAAAAAAGCUUCCAAAAGUGAAGUUACCAUCCAAAGCAUUCCCUCCACAAGUUUCAAUGCCAGUUACGUUACAAGAAAAUUCAUCAUCAAGUGGUUUAGAUCCAGAAGCAGAAGAUAAAUUUGAAUUAGAAUUAUGCUGGUGUGUUCAACAGUUGGAAUUAAGCCUUCAAAAUGGUAAAAUUUCUGAUAAGCAUGUAAAAAAUACUCAAAAGAAUUUAAAUCUAUUGAAAAGCAAUACAGUUCCUCUGAUUCAAAAAAGACAAAUCAUGAGGAAUACAUUUGGAGACUAUCGAGAGAAAAUGCUCCAAGAAGAAAAAAAACAUGGAAAGAUUGCAUCAACAGCUAAAUUUUCCACUUCAAAAGAAAAGAAUCAGAAAGCUUUGUUUGUUAGGAAAGCUCAUUCCACUAAUAGUAUCCAUAAACAUGAAACAAAUGAAUUAAAUAGCACAAAUGAUGAGCAUAAACAAAUUAGUAGUGAAAAUUCUGUUAAUUUAUCAUCAUUAUUUAGCAAAAAUACAUCUAAUAAUCCAUUUGUUUUUAACUUCAAUCUUCCUAAUCAAAAUCAAGAAUGAAAUGAAUAUAAUAAAAGUGAUUAAUAAUUUUUUAUGUACAUAUACUAAGUAUUUUAUAUCAUUAAUUUUUAUAAAAUUAAUUAUAUAACCUUUAAGGCAGAAAAACAAUUGUCUAAGCUCUGAGUAAGGCAGAAAAUAUUUUAGACUUCUGCUACAGUACAGUAGAUCAAUUAAAUUGUAAAAUUCUUGAUCAUUUUGCACUCAGGCCUGAUGAUGGUAAAAAGUAUCAGUAAAAUAUCGCCCAAGUUCUAAUUAAUAAAUAAAGGUGUCCAUAUAAUGAAUUAGGAAAGCGUCGAGUCAAAUUAUUUUUCAAUAGACAUAAUUAUCUUUUUUAUUAAAAAUUGAUUCAGACUUAGAGCCAUUUUUUUAAUAUAAAUAAACAUUUUGUAAACUGUUCCAUUUAUAUAUUAAUUACUAUAUUACCUUUCGAAUAAGCCAAUUUAUUUAAUUUUUGUUUAAGUGCAUUUUUCUCGAAAAUUUUUUUAAUUUAAUAAUUUAAUAAGCUCUAUUUCAAAUGCUUGAUGUAUCUAACGGUUCAUCCAAGGUACUUCUGUAGCGCAACUGCGGUAAACGUGGUUACAACAUAUAUGUAUACAGCUGAGUGAGUGAUCCAGAGUGACGUGAUUUUGUGUCAGAAAUAAGUAAAAAUUAUUUAAAACCACAUCAUGAGCCAGGACGUAAUUACUGCUGUUGAAAAUCUUGGUAUCCAGGAUGAAAAGGCA